AAACUUAGCUCUUUUAUUGAAACACGUUCUGGACCAGGUUUCGUAAAAAGUGACUGCCUUUAUUUUUACAAAGAAGGACUACAUAGUAUUUGUAAGUCAUCGGAGUUUGACGACGAGCAGAAGACUAUAGUGUUGAAGCUAAUUGAAAAAUAUAAAGUGGACAAAAAGAAGUGUGCAGAAUUGCUAAAAGCUCAUGAGAACCAAGUCAUAGCCCAUUCGAUUAGGUCAGAAAUUCUCAAGAACAAACUUAAAUUAUUGGUUAACACUGCAAGGUCUGCAAAUUCCACAAUUUACAUGACAUUCACCCAAGCUGACGAAUUCAUUAGAAAUAAACGUGACCUUGAUAAUGAGGUGGAUGAUGUGGAACGAACAAUUGUUGGUGGCAAAAGUACUAGUUGGGUAGUGAAUGGAAUUAGCAUUUGUCAAAGACUUACAGAGUAUCAGGAAACAGGUUUUCCAAAAACGAAACCAGAAUAUUAUGAUACAAUACUGUUCACUAACAAAAAUCAAAAUGGGUUUUUGGAAACACUAGAGGAAAAUGUCAUUGUACAAAUGCAUAAGGAAAUAAAGAAAAAGGAUGAGAAAACUGAAAAUAAUAUCGAAAAAAAAAUAAAGUCAUUUCUGAAUAAUAUUAUUACUCAGAACAUAAAGAAAACUAAGGAAAACCUUAAAUUACAAAAGAAUGAUAUAUUCGAGGAGGAUUUUGCUAAAAUUUUUGAUAUGUCUGAAGGAACAUUCAUUGCAAUGGUUCUGGCACCAAUCCUUAAUUGA